CCUCCAUCACACCGGCAAAGUGAUCUGGAAACCGCCCGCCAUCUAUAAAUCGUUUUGUGAGAUCGACGUCGAAUAUUUUCCGUUCGACGAACAAACUUGUUUCAUGAAGUUCGGCUCGUGGACCUACGACGGAUAUAUGAUUCAUUGACGGCAUGAGCAUUUGUUUGGCCUACAAUUCCCCCCACAAUAUGAUCACGCUUCAAGAUAUGGACACCGUCUUCUCCCAAUCCCAGAAAGUACUGUUAGCCGGUGAUCUCAACGCUAGACACGUAACCUGGAAUAAUCAUGUUAAUAAUCGGAAUGGGUUAACAAUAUUUAACUACGCUACUCACAACUUGUUGGCAGUACAUACGAGUGAUACUCCCACUCACUACCCUAUAAAUGGCACUACACCAACUUUUAUUGACAUUGUCGUCAAUAAAGACGUAACAAACUUUAUUCCACCAGUUGCUCCCAAUGUACUGCCGAGCGAUCAUUCCCCAUUGGUGUUCCAGGUUACUAACGUACACAAGGAACAAACAGACAGACCGACUUAUGUCUAUAAAAAUGUCGACUGGCGUCGCUAUAGACACAUACUCAACCAAACGACAACUAUUAACCCAAAUAUACAGAACGUCCCAACUCUCGAAAAAGAAGUAGAAGAAUUAACAGCAAACAUUCAAAAUGCCAGAAAUAUAGUGGCCAGAAAGGUCAUUCUUAAGCCUUUAGAGGAUCGUCUCCCCGACGACAUUGUUGAGCGGAUCCGAAUGAAGAACUCGGUCCGCAAACGAUGGCAGAGGACGAGGCGACCUCAAGACAGACAACAAUACUUACGACUUCAAGACGAAAUACGAGUAGCAAUAUACACCCAUAAGAAUCGUAUCUGGGCAGAUCGAUUAGAGGCUCUUAGCAGCACAGACAAGUCGCUUUGGAGGCUGACGAAGUGCCUUCGGCGGAGCUUUCCCCCAAUUCCCACCCUCGAAGGGGGCCAUAUGACAGACCUCGAUAAGGCCGAAUGCUUAGCCGCCCAUCUCCGUGACGUCCACACCCCUGCCCCCAACACUAUCGAAGACCAUCGUCUUUUUGAGACCGAGGCUCCAACCGUCGAUGACUUACCUGCUCCAGAACCGGCCCCCAAUAUACGUCGGCAUCUUCACGUCACACUUGACGAAUUACGAGCCAUCAUAAAGACGUUGCCAUAUAAUAAAGCCCCGGGUCCUGACAAUAUAUCUAAUAUAUUGCUCAGGAAUUUACCACGCAAAGCCAUCAUCAAACUCCUUUAUAUUCUCAAAGCCGUACUGGUUCUGCAGCACUUUCCCGCACAAUGGAAAAAAUCUAUUGUAAUUCCAAUUUGCAAACCCGGCAAGGACCCUAAACUACUCAAUAGCUAUCGGCCUAUUUCACUUCUCAACACAAUGUCCAAAGUUGCAGAACGGAUCAUCCUUACUAGGAUCAAUAACUUCGCUGAAAAACAAAAUUUGACCCCCGAAUUUCAAUUUGGAUUUCGCAAAGGCCGCUCCACCCUUCAUCCCGUGGCCAAGCUUGCGCAUGAGACUGUACUUGCGUUUAACCGCAGAAUGCUAACCGUCGCGACACUUCUCGAUAUGGAGAAGGCUUUUGACACGGUAUGGCAUAACGGACUCUUGUACAAACUGGGCCACGUCCUUAACUUUCCCCCAAAUCUUACCCGACUCAUCGGCUCUUAUCUACAGGGCCGUACUUUCUCAGUACGCGUAAAUAACACCCUUUCUGUACCCGGCGUAAUAAACGCCGGAGUUCCGCAGGGCACAGUGCUUGCCCCACGGCUAUAUACAUUGUAUAUAGCUGAUAUUCCAACGCACCCAAAGACGCAAAUUCUCCAAUAUGCCGACGAUACCAUUAUUUACUCCCACUCCCAUAGGGCCGAGAUCGCUAACAGACAGAUCCUUUUUCAUCUACGUUCCGUCCUUCCCUUUUUCCAAAAAUGGAAAUUAAAAUUGAACCCCAGCAAAACUGAACAAAUCAUUCUUACCCGCAAAUUCUUUUUCAAUAACGAUAAUCGCAUAAUACAAAAACUCAAUAUCCACAAUACCAUCAUCGAACCAAAAACCAGGGUAAAUUAUUUAGGAUUUACUUUAGAUCAACCACUCAAAUUCGGUCCCCAUAUAAAUCGUCGCAUCCAGCAAACAAGUGCAGCCAUACAUAAAUUGUACCCUCUGACUUGUCGGGGAUCUGCCCUUUCAAUCCCAAAUAAAAUUCUUAUUUUUAAGACAAUCCUAAGACCCAUCCUUUUGUACGGUGCUCCCAUAUUUGGAGGAGCAGCUCAAUCUCAUUUCACCAAACUUCAACGUUUUCAAAAUAAGAUCCUAAGACAUGCCACAAAUAAGGGACGUUAUAUUCGAAUCCGAACACUACACGAGAUCUCCCAAGUCCCUCACUUGCGUGAUUAUAUCAACACAAUAUCUGAUAAAUUCUUCCGAGUUCAAAUUCAUCAAUCGCCUCUCACGACAGACAUUACAAAUAGACGACACAUAGACGGACUAAACCAACACAAACUUCUUUAUCAACAUCUUCCAUUGUUCAACGAAGAUAUAUAACGAACGCAAAUCCCGCCUCAAUUACUUCAAGCCAAUAGGCAAACAAACAACAAAAAACCACAAAAAACUAAAAUUUUUGUUCCUUUCACUUCGGCACGCCCAAACGAAAAUGCAUGUUUCGCGCUGUACCAUCCCCACCAAUUUAACAACAACAAACAUCUUCGACGUUUUUUGGAAUGUAAUAAAACUAUCAAUUCUUUUAAAUAAGGUUUUUACUAAGACUAGUUUCCUUUCAAUUGAAUAAAAACACCCUCCCCGCAUUGCUAUCGUUGAUAUU